AUCCAAGUUAACGUGUGAAAUCGUUUUUCUUCUCUCAUUCUAGCAAAUAUAUCAACAAACUUGCUUCCUCUAUAUUCCUCUAUCCCCUUUCACUUGAACUUCAUUAUCUUCAAACUUAACAAUUAUUUUAGUACAAAUUGCAUGAACAUGCAAACUUCUCUACCAAUAUCAGAUCAGGGAGAAGAACAUAACACAACAAUCAUAAAAAGUCCUUCACAAUUAGGACCACCUCAUGAAUCUAUGUUCUUUAUCUUGCCUUAUCUCCCUUUAUUUGAACUUCUAUCGAUGACUCAAGUUUGCAAGUCAUUUAGAGAUGCCCUAAAAGAUGACAUACUCCCAUGGGUGAAUAUCAUCAUCGAAAAGCCGUUAAGUAGUCGUUUUUCUGAUGAUUUUUUGGUAAAAAUAACGUCUAAGGCAAAGGGUCGUUUGAGAGUUGUUGCUCUGAAAAAUUGCUUUAAGAUAACAGAUGAAGGACUUCUUCAAGUUAUUGCCAGUAAUCCUCAUAUUAACAAGCUAUUUUUACCAGGGUGCACAGGCUUAACCAUUGAGGGAGUCAUUGGGGUAGUGAAGUUGCUCACCAAGGCUGACCACAGGUUAAACAACUUAAGUAUUUCUGGCAUCUAUAAUGUGAAACGAGAGGACUUUGAAACACUCUGUCAUCUAAUGGGAAUAAACCAGAUGCAAAUGAAACCAGGAAAGAAGAACUAUUACCACAGGCGAGGUGAAUUAUUAGCGUUUAAACAAGAUUCUCAGCCUUCAAUCGACGUAGAUAUCUGUCCAAAAUGUGGCGAAAUUAGGGAAGUUUUUGAUUGUCCAAGAGAUUCUUGUAAGAGGAAAAUGCAGCAGCAGCAACAACUUCUUAUAAAGUGCAGGGGCUGCUUCCUCUGUGUUCCAAGGUGUGAAGAGUGUGGUGUAUGCACCAAAGAUGAAGAAUUAGGUGAAUCAGCUUGUGCAGAUAUAUUAUGCUUAAAUUGUUGGCUUCAUCUUCCAAAAUGCAAUUACUGCAACAAGGCAUAUUGCAACCAACAUGCUUACCAGCAACAGUCCCAACAUCCUGCAGAUUUCUCAGGGUUUCUGUGUAGUGACUGUAGUUUUCAUGCAACAGAAAGUUCACAUUAUUCAGAUUGUUAACUUACUAAUCCCAACUUCAUGCAGACUUUUCAGGGUUUCUGUGUAGUGACUGUAGUUUUCAUGCAACGGAAAGUUCACAUUAUUCAGAUUGUUAACUUACUAAUCCCAACAUCCUGUAGACUUUUCAGGGUUUCUGUGUAGUGACUGUAGUUUUCAUGCAACUGAAAGUUCACAUUAUUCAGAUUGUUAACUUACUAAUGCUAAGAUAGGUAUCCAAAUGUAUUACUUCCGCCGUCUAUAAUUUAUAUGACGGUAUUUGAUUGAGUAGUGAUAGAGCUACCUUUGUCCAAGGGAUAUUUGGUGGAAAAAUUACACUGUGUAAAUAAA